ACAGUAAAACAAAGAAAGUGGCCAACCCCUCAACUCAACCUAGUCUCUUUCAGAAGCUGAGUAGCGAGUUUUUCGGUAAGAACCCUCUUUCCUUCAGAGGCUGGUGAUUGGGUGAGACUCUUUUACAGGCGUUGGCUCUCACUCUAACCAGUAACCACACUCUUCUUUGCAAUGGCCAUCUUCUGUCAGUCUCCCCUCAAUCUCAAUCUCAACCUCAUCACCUCCUCACGCAAACCCAAUCCUAAUCCCUCCUUUAGACUCAAUCUCUCCGCUCACUCCCGCACCCUCGUCACUGAGCCCCCACCAGUUUUCACCUGCGUCAAGUCAUUUGCUCCCGCCACCGUCGCUAAUCUCGGCCCCGGUUUCGACUUCCUUGGCUGCGCUGUCGACGGCAUCGGCGACUACGUCACUCUCCGCGUCGACCCCGACGUUUACCCUGGUGAGGUUUCUAUUUCUGACAUCUCCGGCGCCGGCAAGAAGCUCAACAAAAACCCCCUCUGGAAUUGCGCGGGUAUCGCCGCCAUCUCCGUCAUGAAGAUGCUCAACAUCCGAUCCGUUGGCCUUUCCCUCUCCCUCCAGAAGGGAUUGCCCUUGGGCAGUGGUCUCGGGUCCAGUGCCGCUAGUGCCGCCGCCGCUGCGGUCGCCGUGAACGAGCUUUUUGGCCGCCCACUGGGCGCGUCUGACCUCGUGCUUGCUGGGCUAGAAUCGGAAUCGAAAGUCUCGGGUUACCACGCGGACAACGUGGCACCUGCUAUUAUGGGGGGUUUCGUAUUGAUCAGGAGCUACGAUCCUCUGGAGUUAAUCCAGUUGAAGUUUCCUCACGAAAAGGAGUUGUUCUUUGUGCUGGUGAAUCCCGAAUUUGAGGCCCCAACUAAGAAAAUGAGGGAGGCACUGCCGCAACAGAUAACCAUGUCCCAUCACGUUUGGAAUUGUAGUCAGGCAGGGGCGUUAGUGGCGGCCGUGCUGCAGGGAGACCUGUCGGUUUUAGGAAAGGCACUGUCCUCUGAUAAAAUAGUGGAGCCAAGGAGGGCACCGUUGAUUCCUGGAAUGGAGGGUGUGAAGAAGGCGGCAAUGGAAGCAGGAGCUUUUGGCUGCACCAUAAGCGGAGCUGGGCCCACGGCAGUAGCAGUGACUGACAACGAGGAGAAAGGAAGGGAGAUUGGGCAAAGAAUGGUAGAGGCUUUUCUGAAAGAAGGAAACCUCAAGUCCUCGACGAUGGUGAAGAAGCUAGACCGGGUUGGGGCCAGGCUUGUCAGUAGUGAUCCCAGAUGAUUUUUGUCCUAAUUGUCAUGCUACAGCUUGUUGGUUCCUCGUACAUCUUUUCUUGGGGGGGCCAACAUGCCUUUGCAAAUUUUUCACGGGAAUGGUGAGAGUGGAUGGUUCCGACAUUCUUCCACCUAAUCCAUUACGGUCACCUUUGCAUAGGGAUUUUGAUCUUCAGAGACUGAUCCAUUUUGGGCGGGUUGCCUACUUGAACUGGUGCCAAAUAAUGGAAUAACUUAAAAUUUUGGCAAAUUGGCACCAAAUCGUGACAGUUCAGUAGUAUAUGGGAGGUGGCGUCAUGUCUCAACUGCUGUCUUCUAAGUACUACGGAGUACUCAAGUUUGGUGGUCAUAUAAGAAGUGAAAGCUAUCAACCCAGCUAGAAGUUGAAUUUGCAUUAUUUAUAGCACUAUAGUAGCUUUGAAGCUAUAUGAGAUACACUUAGUGCAAUUGCAAUGCUUGAUAUUGAAACCUUCUUUCUUUUAUCGUUUUUUAUUUUUUUGUUUUGUUUAAUAAGGUAAUAUUAUUAAAUUAAAACAUAUCUGUUAGUUACAGAGUUGCAAAAUAUAGAUUGGCUUCUUACCCUCCUUUUCACUUC